ACCCAAAAAAAUAAUUUAGAGAGAGAAACCAAGCUCUCUUCGACUCGAGUAACUGUUUCGCAGAUCAAAUAUUUAUUAAUCAUCUACCAAUGGGAAUGGAGGUGGCUAAUAUAUGCAUGGACAAGGAAGUAGAUUCUGUCAUUAUUGUUUCAAAUGAUCUUUCUGCCGAUUCAAGUAAUGAUACGACCAGUAACAAUGGUUCCAUGGAAUCUGAUGUUUCUGUCAAUGGAAACUCAAAGCCUGAUAUUCAGACAAUAGAUGGGGAUGGGGAUGUGGAGAAAGAGAAGGAGUUUGAAGUGGAGAAACAUGUUAUCGAAGAUUUGGAACAUACGAAUGAAGUUUGUCAAGAUCAUAAACCCAAGGAAGAUGUCAGAAUGGACGGUGAAACUUGCUUGGUUAAGGAGAAGACAUCUGACACACAGCAAACAGAAGGCAAAAGCAAGAAGUCAAAUACAUCAGUCAAACCUUCAAUCAAAUCUGGAGUUGGAAAUGCUAAAGCAAAACACACUGUUCCAAAGCCAUUUGCUCUUGCAACUGAAAAGCGUGCUUUGUCCGGAACUCAUCCAGUUGGUAAUCUUUUAGCCAGGUCAUCCAAUUCAAGCAGUUCUCCUGCCCCAGUUUCAAAGAAGAAAAAUGAGCCAGUCCAGUCUUCAGUAACGAGAAAGCCUCUUCAACCGGAUAACAAGAAGCAUCCAGAUGAAGAUGAUUCUUGUUCUGUAGCAUCUUCUACCACUGCAUCAGCAAGAACUACAUUGUCAAAGCCAGUUUCUGCAUCAGCUCCGGUUUUCAGGUGUAGCACACGUGCAGAAAGACGAAAAGAGUUUUAUUCCAAAUUAGAGGAAAAACAGCAAGCACUGGAGGCUGAGAAAGUUCAAAGCGAGGAAAGGACAAAGGAAGAAAAAGAAGCAGCCCUCAAGCAACUGAGAAAGAGCUUGUUAUUUAAGGCAAGCCCGAUGCCUAGCUUCUACCAUGAGGGCCCACCACCAAAGGUUGAGCUUAAGAAGCCACCACCAACUCGUGCAAAAUCACCAAAGUUGGGCAGAAGAAAGAGUUGCAGCGAUACAGUAGGUUUAGAGAAGAGAAAAGGAGCACAAGCUAGAGUUCGUCAUAGUCUUGGCAUCUACCAAGACACAACAAGUAGAAAGCUUCAGAAUCAUGAUGCCACCAUUAAUGAGAUGGAGCCAAAUGAUUCUAUUUUACCCAAUAUCACUGAAGACUUCAAUAAGAAGAUUACUAUGCAGUCAUAAAUUACGAUUUCCUGGUGAGUUUUUUUAAUUUAUACAAUCUUGAUUGUAUCUUUCUUUAACUUUAUCUCUUAUUUAGAUCUCGACCAGGGAUCUUCUAAGCUAUUUUCUUAACCUGCUUGUUUUGGUGCUUUGAUAUUUAUCAUGUAAGAAUUGUAUAUUAUACUGCAAGUUGUGGAUUUAUUUAUGUAAGAAAUGUUGUACUGUUAUAUGUAGUAAAUGACUGUUCAACGAACUACAGUAUGCAUAUUGCUAUAUCAUCAA